AUGAGAAAGUCGGGAGGAAAAAGGGUUGUUGAAUGUUUAUAUAAAAUAGCCGCCGUCCUCUCGUGCUGCCAGAGACCAUUUAACGUGUUGUACGUUCGUUUAGACCUCGUACUAACCAAAAUACAUGUUCAUCUCUCUCGGUAUUUUUCUUUUCUCACUCCCGAGGGAAGAAGGAUGAAAAGGGAAGAACGAACGCAAUUGACCAAAGUGAAAUGUUUAGCCACAUUGAGAUAUUUGCAAGAACAUCGUAACGAGUUUAUCAAAAUUGGUAAUGUUGAUGAGCAAGGUGUUGUGACCUUUGAUAUUAUUGAAUUCAACAUAAUGAGGAGAAUUAUCGAGGAAAACGUAAGAAUGAAAGCACCCCAUGUUGAAAUUUUGCCUGAAAUCGGAGUCGAUUUUGCUCAACCAAGAAGUGGGCAGGAUCAUCGUUCAUUUGAAAGUAUACCACCGGUGCCCUUUGCUACUUAA